UGGUAAACAUAGCGAGCGUACCAGUUCCAACCUCGGUGGGUCUCCACUCUCCAUGCAAUGGCUGUUUAUAUUCAUGCUGCUUUAUACUGUAUUUUCACGUGAGUGCAGAUUUUGGAAGUGUCCAAGUUCAGGUGGUGGACUACAAUCUACAAUCACGACGUUAUUUUCUUCCGGGGAUAUACUGAUUGCUACAUUGUGGGUUUAGGGAUUCUCUGUUCUCACUCAUUCUCAUUUGCGGAUCAGCAGCGGAAGUUCAGUUUUGGGAGAGGUCAGGUGUGAUUGGAUAGACAAUCGCUUGCCGGUGUUGUAUGGUCCAUUUGAGAGGUGGUUGAUCGAGAGAGAAGCAGGCCAGUUGCACUGACUGGAGGACGCGCGGCGUGGGGGUAUAUCGGACGACGGAGAUCGCAAAGACGGAGCUGGGCCACACGCGCUCGCUCGCGACCACAACUCGAUUCUCUGCAGCAGAGUUGCUUGGUCUGUUGCUUCGUCGGUGUGUGAUCUGCAGCUCACUUGUGUGUUCGCGUACCUGUUCGUUCAUCUGUAGUCCCGUUGCGAGGACCUGUGCAGAAAAUUUGGAUUUUUGUCACCUGCGGGCAAAUCUUGGAUUGUGUGCGGAGUUGUGUGUGUGAAGAAUCGCUGCUGAUAUUGGGACGAUCGGGAGGAGCGUUCUCCCGCAAAAGGUGUACAGCUAGAGGAAGGAAGGCGGAUUUAAAGCGCUGUCCGUUUGAUAGCUAUCCCGGUGAACACCGCAGAAACCAAAUCAUCAUGCCUGUUAAUCGCCGUGAUCGCCAGCGGUCAUCUAGUAGCUCACCAAAACUCCCAUCCCGUACCGUAUCACCCAAAUAUGCCUCCCUAGCAACGGCACAUCGUUGCGAGGCGGCCAAAGUUCCCUCGUCGUCGGCAGGCGAUGAAUCACUAAGCCGGGAUACUGGCAGCAGUCAGAGUAUUGGAAAUCCAUCCACCUCGACGGCUGCAUCAUCCUCCAGCGACACACUGUCGGCGUUUCCCUCGUCGCUCCCGCUGGGAAUGUCAUUACGACAUCACACGCGUAGUACACUGCCACUGACCCACUCGGCACGACAACAACAGGACGGGGUGACGUCACGGGGAAGAAAUGCUGCUUUUCAGGAUGGUAGGAACUACUCAAACAACGCGGAUGCACGCCCGGGACCAAACGGUGAAACCUCACCAAUGUAUGCCUCGUUAUCCUCGUCUUCUUCCAGCCUUAGUCAUUCCCAUACUCCAUCGAAUAAUCCCCAUACGCUGAGCGGCGCCGGCACCAUCAGCGGUUCGCGCUCCCACGCAGCGCACAUUCGUCUCAUCUCUUCCGACUUGGGCUCCGAUGAGAUCCUCGAUGAAAAGGGCCCAUCUCGUAAACGACGCCGGUACAUGGACAUCAUUGACCCCAAUGUUGCCCGCCAUCCAGCCUUCCUGGACCUGUCCCCGCCGCGUGCGCUGGACAGUACCAUGACUGGACCACAUCUGUAUUCUUCCUCUAUGAUGUCCUCCAGCCGCGCCCCCAGCCGGCUCAGUAGCUCAUCGUCGUCCAGUGACGGCACUUCCGGGACCACCGCUCAACGCCUUCGCCGUAAUGGUCGCAAACGACUGGCCACUACGCGGUCGGAAGCGCCCCAUAGCGGAUAUUAUAGUGGACACGUGGUGUCGUCGGCGGCGCCGGCCGCAGCCUUAAGUUUUCCACCGUCCUAUACGGCAGCCUUUUGUCACGCAGCGGGCUUAAAUCCUCUGCAGCAGCACAUGAGUCAGGGAAUGGCACAGAUGCCCCAUAUGUGCUGCAAUGUCUGCCCUCCGAUGCAGCGUGGAUGCAAUCCGAAUACCGCGCUCGGUCAUCCCAAUCGUUUUGCCAUGUGCUAUCCGCCUCAAAUGGCACAGCAGAGAACUGCUGGGACUAAUAUGGCGCAGCAGAUGCAGCAGCCAUUGCAACAGCGCAAUUCACCACCGAAUGGAUUCAUCCAGCAAGAAAGUCUUUCCAAUUUGUUGCCGCGAUCUCUGAGUAGUUACCGCAGCCAUCCCUACCAUUUGAUGUCUUCCAUGGAAUCCAGUCAGUCAACACGGCAGGCUGCCUCGCAUGCGCCUCAUCCCAUGCCGAUGCUCAAUAGCGGUGCCUCUGGACAGUAUUCAAACGCCACAGCGGCGGCUCGUCAACAUGAUGGGCUGUAUCAGACGUCGUCGUCGACGUCAGCCUCCCAUCCACGGGAGAUGGGAAUGGGUGGGUCGGGAUGGACGGCUCGGCGUCGGAUGCCGGAGAAUGCCAUCCCCAGCUCACCUUUGACGCAGAUUAUGAACGUAUCCGGUCAUUCUAAUCCUGGUGUUCUACAGUUUGGUUAUCCGCCUUAUGAUAUUAUGCGUUUCGUGCAUCAUCCUAUUUCAAAUGGACAGUUUCUGCAAACCAUGGAUAUAUUGCCACCGAAUUCUCAUGAAAGCGAAAAUUUCGAUAAUUAUAUUAAUUUCUCGGAACGUCUCAGUGAAGGAAAGCCAAAAGGAUUAUCGAAAAAUGAAAUUGAAGAAAUCGCAAAUUACCGGUUUGGUGUGGAAUCGAAGAGCGGUAUUCACCAAUCAGGAUCGUGCGUGAUAUGCAUAUCCGAGUUUGAAAUGAAGCAGAAUAUUCGUGUGUUGCCCUGCAGUCAUGAAUUCCAUGCCAAAUGCAUAGACAAAUGGCUCAAGAGUAAUCGUACUUGCCCGAUUUGCCGUGGAGAUGCAUCUCGAGAACAUGCCUACAAGAAAGUCCGUUGAAUUUGAUUGAAAAUCAAGUCCACCAGAAAAUAUGGAACAGGACAGUACAGACUCAUGCUAAAUCCGGAACGAUUGACCGUUUUACAUAGACAUCUCGGUUAUAUUCCAAAGAGAGCGAUUUUUGUAUUUGUACCUAACACGUUGGGAAGAUUACGUUCUUUUUUCUUGAUUAUUUUUUUAUCACCUGUUGCGAAAAGGUUUGCGAGCGAAUGAAUCGACGCUUGUGGGUGCAAUAAUUACUUCAGUUCUAACUCGGGAAUAGAAAUUAGAAUGUGUACAGAGGAUAAUUGACUUGAUUGCUUACUAACUGGUUACUGAAACGGUGUGGACUUGAUGUUGUAAUGAUGGACCUUUUUCUUUUUUCAUUGUUGUACUUUUUUGUUCGGGCUCGGUAUAAUGUUUGGCCGGGUCGCCGUUUAAUUGUAGCUGGAUUUCCGUAAUAAAGUGUUUAGUUGUUUG